CCCGCUAGUCGUCUACUAUGCUCAAUGCUGCCACCCUGCGGUGGAUGCUGGAGGUAGUAAACAAACGACGAACGUAGAACGCACGACGCAGGCGUAGGUUUUUCUUUACGGAAUCUGGUUUCGUGGAGCUGCCUGAAAGACUGCGUCCACAAUGAAGUUGAACAAAUAUGUGUCUGCGUCUAGAAGACAAAACAGAAAGAGGCACUUCACCGCCCCUUCGCACGUGCGGAGGCGACUCAUGUCCUCGCCGUUGUCCAAAGAACUGAGGUCCAAGUACAACGUCAAGACCAUGCCCAUUAGAAAGGACGACGAAGUCCAGGUUGUGCGUGGUCACUACAAGGGACAGCAGGUUGGAAAGGUGGUGCAGGUGUACCGCAAGAAAUUUGUUGUCCACAUUGAAAGGAUUCAGCGCGAGAAGGCCAACGGUGCCAGCACCUACGUCGGCAUCCACCCCUCCAAGGUGGUUAUCGUUAAGUUGAAGAUGGACAAGGACAGGAAGAAAAUUAUUGAACGUAGAGCUGAGGGCCGCGCAAAGGCUAAGGGUUUGGAAAAGGGCAAGUACAGUGAGGAGAGCGCUGCUGCGGCGACCACUGGCACUGCCAUGGAAACGUCGUAAUUUUCCUUAUUCUUUGUAUCAUCUUAAAAAAAUAAAAAAUAAAAAAAUGAUAA